AUUUUUUUUGUUUUCUGGUUUAGAACAUCUUUCUGCACAUUGUGGACUUAUCUGAUCCCAAGACAGUCUGGAAAUUUGUUGAAAAUUUCAAGCAGGAACAUACCCUCAAUGUCCUGAUCAAUAAUGCAGGUUGCAUGGUCAAUAAGAGAGAGCUCACGGAAGAUGGACUUGAGAAAAACUUUGCUACCAACACUCUGGGUGUGUAUGUUCUCACGACUGCCCUGAUCCCCGUCUUGGAGAAAGAACACGACCCCAGAGUGAUAACAGUCUCCUCCGGAGGAAUGUUGGUUCAGAAACUGAAUACCGAUGACCUACAGUCAGAAAGGACAGCAUUCGAUGGCACCAUGGUCUAUGCACAAAACAAAAAAGGCCACCUGCCCUUCAGGGCAGGGACAGUUUCGUUACACCUCAGGCCUCCUGAGCUGAGCGCCGCAUGGCACUUGCCACGCCUAGGAAGCAGCUCCACAGAUACUCCUCAGGAGCCUAGCACAGCGCUGGAUACAAAGAAGGUUCUGAGAAGCUUUCUCUGCUGGACUGAACUGAGGUCUGGGAGACCUAAGUCUACCUACCAGCUGGGGUCUUUGAGGAUGGAAGCCCAAUAUUCUCACCGAAAAAAUGAUAUCUGACCUCUCUCUUUCAUAGGGUUAUUGUAGGAUUAAACUGAGGCGUCUGUGUGUUUUGGAAGCUCUUUGACAAAAUAUUAGGCGCUACUCAAAUAUAAGAAUCAAGGAUGGGGUGAACUGGGAGAUUGGGAUUGACAUACAUACACUAUUGAUACUAUGUAUAAAAUAGAUAACUAAUGAGAACCUGCUGUAUAGCACACAGGACUCCACUCAGUGCUCUGCGGUGACUUAAAUGGGAAGGAAAUCCAAAAAAGAAGGGAUAUAUGUAUACGUAUAGCUGAUUCAUUUUGCCGUACAAUAGAAACUAGCACAACAUCGUAAAGCGACUAUACUCCAAUAAAAAUUAAAAAAAAAAAAAAAAAAGAAACAAGAAAAGAUUCCGGAUAAUUUGGAAAAAAACAAAACACGAAAAACAAAUACAGGAAUCACCAAACACCAAUCCAGUGGCCAAUUUUCAGGGCAGAGGAAUGGCUGCUGUGAACGUGGGCCUUAUCCUGCCUGAUGCCCUUGCCCUUCUUUCCUGCACCUUCUUUGUGAACCCCGUCUUCCUCAAUCUGUCAGCAGCUCCAAUGCUUCCCUAUCCCCACCUCGGGCACUCAAACCCACUCUCACAGCGUGACACUAACGACGCUGAGGAAGUUUACUUCUCCUAGUUCUGUGACACCAAGGGCAACCCCUCUCAGACUAAGACCUGGUGUCAAGGAGCCCCUCAUAGACUCCACCUUAUUACUAAGCUUGAAUUAUCAAUAACUAAAGCACCAGGCAAGGCCUUCUUCUGUUUUUCCUGUUCAAGGCAGUUCUGACCGGUAGCUCCUGAUCUCACAGCCUGUCCACCGCACCAAGCUCCAGGGUGUGAUCCUAUCAGGAUGGACUCCAAGUAUGGUUCGUUUCAUCUUCUAAAAGGCCAAGCCUGUAUGUCUCAGAAACUGGAAGACCUAUUAGUUUAGGCUUCAUUUUUCUGGAACUGAGAGACUCUGCCUCCACUUUAUAGCUUUUCCUUUCUUAUCCAACUGUAGAUGCAAGUCUCCCAGAACAACGUUUUGCCUAAGGACACGCAGCACCCAGUGAUGCUGGCAGUGAGUACUGACACUCGCCCUGCUUACAGUCUGUGUGAACCACCGCGUAGAAAUAAAACUAGUUAUGAGCUAAUCUGAAUGAGUCCAAGAAAUAUGGCUGACCUUCAUUCAAAGUCUGUAUCUGAUUUCUCGGAGGGAGCCCAAGUAGCAGGAAUUACUUGGUAGAGUAGCUAGUAACCAAGUAUUAGGAAACAGGGCUGUAUUUUGCUUUUCCUUUUCUUCACUUACAUGGAUGAUGUCAACUCCUUCUACGUGAUCUCCAUAUGUGUCCCCUUGUCAUGGAGAGAAAUAUAAGGGAGGGAUUCCUUUCAUGAGCUGAUACUGAGGUCUGAGUGGUCCCACAACCCAAGUAUAGCCCCAGACAACUGAUCUGUUCUCUCAUGUGGGAAUGAAGGACUUAGUAGCUACGUCUCUAAAAUUAAACUCUAACACAAGAAAUAAUUAUUCAUGCAUGGGCCCUCUAAAAUUGAAUUAGCUCAUAUCUAAUAAUUCCAAACUGUAAAUAUAACUACUUAGGAGAAGUUUUUGAAACUCGUGUUUCCAGGCAGAUCUACAGGCAGAGCUAAUGCUGCUUAAAACCAGUCAGUUCAUGGGAGUUGAUAUAUUAGAGUCAUAGCUAAGAUCAGGUUGAAAACUUUAAAAGUUAAAGACAAUUCAAUUAGCUUCAGAGUUCUAAAGCAGAUUGAAAAUUCUCUUUGGCAACAUGAUCAGGCUUUGCCUCCGGAGACCUCGGGCAGCACACGUGGGACAAAUCAGAGUGUGGUCCAAGGGUCACUGGCAGAGCUACUUGGGAGGCUUGUUACGACACAGAUGCCCGCAGCUCCAGACCAGUGGAGAGAAUCUCCGAGGACAGGGCCCAGGAAUCUACUUAACAGAUUUCUCAGUGAUUCUUUGCGGACAACAAAGUUUGAGAACUGCUCCAAGGAAGCACAAAGCUUUCUCUGCUCUUCCCCUCAGUCUCCUGAAAUCCACUCCUUAAGGAAGAAGAGCCUGAUACUAAUCAAGGCGAGUACUCAGUAAAUAUCUGGGGAAGUACAACAUGUACUGGGUGAGGAUAUUAUCUCUCUCCUUUUCCUUAAGCUGCCAGGAAUCUUGAAACCACAUUGAACUCAAUUAUAGAAAUUCUGUAGGCCUUCAUAGCUUAUAUUCUGAAGCUCUUUUUUCUCUCACUCUCAAAUUUUUACUCUUAUAGUCUUCCCUGGUUCUCUUUUUUACCUUUUAUUUCUUUGCUGCCAUUAUUUUAUUUUGUGGCUUUUGUAAGCACUCUCAAAUCCUCUGUGGGUUAAAAUGGGGUAUAAAUAAAUAAACAUACUUAUGUACAGAUAUAA